AUGUCAGCUUUGGCCACAUCUGUAGGAUCAACACCCAAGGCUGCUCAUUACAAUACUUCUCUUACCGCAGCUUUACUCCGCGGUGCAUGGGCGGAAUCCACUCCAGGUCAAGCACCAAAUAAGACAGACCUGAGCUGGGGGGAAUUAGUGAGGAAAUGGGGGAAACAUACUGGAGGGAAUACUUCAUUGAUCCAUUACUUGCGUGAUAUAUCUCUUCUAUACCUUUCAUCAACAUCGCAUGCCACCACAUCUUCAUCGGGAUUCAUAACAGUUCCUCCAUCUUCCUCUCAGCCUACGACCGGAGGUGAACAAGGACCUGUAUCAAGCAAUUCGUCGAAUGACUCAAAUGGAGGCUCACACUCAUCUUUCGUUCACAUACCACAUCCUCAUUUGCGACAUCGUAAGAAGAAUUCUUUAGACGAAGUCGCCUCAGCUAGUGGAAGUACAAUACGUGCCAAUGAAGGUGGAGUAGGAGUUAGUAGUAAAGCCAGUUAUCUAAGUUCGGGAGACCUAGAUGGGGAUGAAGUUGAUGAUUAUCGUGGCUGGGGUGAAGGUAACGAAUGGUGGAAUGGUGUGGGAUCAGAAGGCUUAGAAGAAGUCAAAGAAGGCAUCAAAUCAUUGGAGGGUCUAAUACAAAGUGGGAAGUUGUCUGCUGCAGAAUUAACUUCUGCAAGAUUGACCCUAGCGUAUCAUCUACAUGCUCUUGGAUCACAUGAAGAUGCUCUGAGCGUAUACGGAAGUGUAGAUUGGACGGCGGAGAACCGGUUUGGAAUAGUGCAGGGGGACGCUGCUGUAUUGGAGAGAAUACGCGGGAGAUAUCUUCAAGGCCUUAGCUAUGAGCUCUCUCCAAUACCUGACUACACAAGAGCAAUACAGUCUUAUCUCCUCACAAUUCCUCUUUUACAAUCGCUAUCUUCAUUUCAUCUACCAAUCCCAUCAUAUUUCUGCACUCAACCAACAUCCCAAUUGCCUUUCGAUCCUUAUCGCGAGAUAUUUCGUUAUUUAUCAACUGCUCUAACCCGUGCAGCUGUUUUAUCAGCUCGGCAAUCAACGCCGACUGCCGAAGAAAGGCAGAUGACAUUACGAAUACUGCGUACCUAUCACUCUUUCAAUUCUUCCUGGCCUGCUUCUUUCCGACCGGUUCAGCGCCAAAGGAUGCUUGUUCUGUACCUAAGAACAUUGGAGGCCACCUAUCCUGCUCCUCGACAGCCUCCGCCGGAAACACCGCUACUCUAUCCCGGAUCAUGCUCAUUGUCCGCUAGGUCAUUGUGGACCAAAGAGGUGACCGAAGCUGUACGACAAGGACGAUCUUUACUGCAAGCUACAACAUCUUUCCCCAGAGCUGGAUCCCUAAAUCGACCUGUAACGACGUUCACGGAACUAUCAGUGGCACUAUAUAGUCGAUCUGCAGAAUUGGGUAGAGAAAUCAUUUCGGUUCUGUGGUGGGCUAUGACACUGACUUUUCAAUCACAAACGAUUCUUCGACACCUCACUCAUCUAUUGUCGGAUGUUGGAGAUUCGGUAGACGCUAGGAGGGUAUUUGAGCUUUACAUUCAACUUGUCUUGAAAGCUAGAGAAACUCAACAACCUGAAUCAUCAGUACAGCUUAGAAGUAGUAUUGCGAACGAUGAUUCUGCUUCUCCGGACGAAGCUCAACAAGAAGCCGAAAACGCAGAUCCAGAUAACAUCAUGAAGAAGGGAUCGACGCCGGAAUCGGAGAUAGAUACUGAUAGACAAUUCAUCGAGACUCUCUUAGGAGGUACGAGACUGCUGAGUAGAGAUCUAGGGGAAACGGAAGAAGCUUGGAGAUACGCCACUCUAGCUGGCGACGUCAUAUCCAAUGGUGGCAUUGGGGUCGGAAACGUAUUGAGAGCUAGAAUAGAAGAAGCCAAAGGCAUUGUUAGGAUGGGCAUGGCCGUGCAUACUGCUGAUGCUGUAGACCGGCCGACGUAUCAAGCUCAAGCAAUCAAUCAUUUAACCGCUGCAAUCGAUCUUUCCCCCACGGCAUCUGGAUAUUAUCAUCUUGCUCACUGUCAAGCCGAAGCGAGGUCUAUUGACGCCGCCACUCAGAGCAUUCGAUCUUCUCUUGAAUUGGAUCCUUCCAAUGUUCAGGCGUGGCACUUACUUGCUCUUCUGUUGACUGCUCGAAGGGAUUGGGAAGGGGCCAUGAAAGCCUGUGAUGCAGGUGUUAGUGUGUGGGAACAAGACGAGGAGUCAUCAGCUGGGGAAGAAGAAUUACCGGGGAACGAUAGCGGAAAUACAGUUGAAUCAAGAGAUUUUGCUAUCAUACCGCCUACACCGAUGGAUUCACCAACUGAGUUGCAUCCAUUGAUCCUGAAAGAUGGAUCUUUCCCGCAUUUAUCCAUAUCUCCACCUAGAACUACCCCGUUAUCGAGAUCAGCUAAAUUAGAACAUGUCAUGAGAUUAAGAAUGACUCUGAACGUUAUCAUUGAAAAACAACAAGGCCCAGAGUUGGCGAUGUUGAAACAGCAGGAACUGUUCGCUUUCUUCUCCGCUAGAUCAGGUAAAAACAGAGGUAAAUUAGGUUAUUCUUCUGGAUUUGGUAAAGGCGGCGGAAUGAAAUCCGUCGCAAGUGGUAGUAGUAUAAAUGCUAUGACUACCGCAACAGGAAAUGAAGAUGGAAAGGAGGGUUUGGGUGGAAGUUACAUAAGUGUUGGAGUGACUGAAGGUGUUGUAGCUGUCCAAUCACCUACUCCCACACAUGUCAAUCCUCCUGUUAAUGCUAUUUCACUCGCGCCCCCCGUAUCUGAGAAACCACCCAUAAACAUUCAAACCCCUUCAACUUCUUCCAGACCUUCAUCGCCAAAGCUGGUUGUUCCCAAUGCCGAUGAUAUUGAAGAUGAAAGCGCUAGAAGAAGCUCAUCCAUUCGAUCGAAAGCGACUACCGCUAAACAUUUACACGUUCCCGGAACCGGAAAUCCGGCUACAAGUGGUAUUAGUGGAACAGGUACAGCAGUCUCAAGACCGAGUAGUGUUCGACGUCUGAAUGUGACUCCUCAAUAUUCGAGGGAAAGAGCUGGUUCAGCAUCACACUCAAUAGCUCCGACAGCUAUUCAUUCACAUUUCCAUAAUUACACACCAUCAUCGAGAACCUUACAACCACCUCCACCGCCCCUCAACCCAUCUGAGGAUCAUGGAAGAACAUCAGCUGAAUCUAGGAUAUUAUCUAAUUUAUGGUUAAUGUCGGCUGCAACAUUCCGUAGAUGGGGUAAAUUAGAACAGUGUUUAGUAGCCAUUGAAGAAGCAGAAGUUUUGGAUCCUGAAAAUGCCGAUGUUUGGGUUCAGUUAGGUUUAUAUCAUUCGACAAUCAAUCAACAUCAAACUCAAAGUCAACAUAACGCGUCAGAUAAAAACAAUAGUACGAAUUUGGGUAUAGGUGGUGGAUUAGGUGAUAAUUCCUCUGAAGCAUCAUUUGUCAAAUCCCUCUUAUUGAAGCCUGAGCAUCCACCAGCAAUAAUUGGAUUAUCUAAACUGUAUUUUCAGACAAAUCAAAUUGAUCUAGCCGAAAGUUUGUUGAAUCAGUUAACUCAAGAAUCAGGUUGGGAUAUUGUUGAAGGUUGGUUUUGGUUAGGUAAAAUAUCACAAGUUCAAGGUAGAUCAAAAAGAGCCAAUGAGUGUUGGCAAUUUGCUCUAGGUUUGGAAAAUUCAAGAGCCGUAAGAAGCUGGAAUGAAGUUGGUAGAUGGUUAUAA